CUGCUUCCGGUUCCGGGUGACGGGCUGAGUCACUCCGCCGCUGCCUCCCUUUCUCGCUCGCCCGCCGGCCGACCGAGCUCCUGUCCUCGCUCAGCUGCCGGGUCCGUCCCCCCCGCUCCGCCCGCCGCCGAGAUGCCUCUGGAGAACCUGGAGGAGGAGGGCCUCCCCAAGAACCCCGACCUCCGCAUCGCCCAGCUGCGCUUCCUCCUCAGCCUCCAGCCCAAGCGCCCCGACCCGGCCGUGCGCCAGGAGCUCAUGGCCGCCAUCCGCGAACACGACAUGGCCCCAUAUUACGAAUCCCUCUGCAAGUCACUUGAUUGGCAGGUAGAUACCGAUCUCUUGAAUAAGAUGAAGAAGGCAAAUGAGGAGGAGUUGAAACGCCUUGAUGAGCAGCUGGAAGAUGCAGAGAAGAACUUGGGGGAAAGUGAAAUCCGUGAUGCCAUGAUGGCCAAAGCUGAAUAUCUCUGCCGAAUUGGGGACAAGGAAGCUGCUCUGACUGCCUUUCGGAAGACAUAUGACAAAACUGUGGCUCUAGGACAUCGGCUGGAUAUUGUGUUCUAUCUCCUCCGAAUUGGCCUGUUUUAUAUGGACAAUGACCUCAUCACCCGGAACACUGAAAAAGCAAAAAGCCUAAUAGAGGAAGGAGGAGAUUGGGACCGUCGGAACCGCCUUAAGGUCUACCAGGGUCUUUACUGCGUGGCCAUUCGAGACUUCAAGCAGGCAGCUGAGCUUUUCCUGGAUACAGUUUCAACAUUUACGUCUUAUGAACUUAUGGAUUACAAAACCUUUGUAACAUACACAGUCUAUGUCAGCAUGAUUGCAUUAGACAGGCCUGACCUUAGAGAGAAGGUUAUCAAAGGGGCAGAGAUUCUGGAGGUUUUGCACAGUUUACCCAAAGUCCGGCAAUAUCUUUUUUCACUCUAUGAAUGUCGGUAUUCAGUUUUCUUCCAGUCGCUGGCCACCGUAGAGCAAGAGAUGAAGAAAGAUUGGCUGUUUGCGCCCCACUAUCGCUAUUACGUUCGGGAAAUGAGAAUCCAUGCCUACAGCCAGCUCCUAGAAUCCUACAGGUCGCUUACACUAGGUUACAUGGCAGAUGCUUUUGGAGUCUGUGUAGAGUUCAUAGAUCAGGAAUUGUCAAGAUUUAUUGCUGCUGGGCGACUACAUUGCAAAAUAGACAAAGUCAACGAAAUAGUAGAAACUAACAGGCCCGACAGCAAGAACUGGCAGUAUCAAGAAACCAUUAAAAAAGGAGACUUGCUGCUAAACAGAGUGCAGAAGCUUUCUAGAGUAAUCAAUAUGUAACUUUUAAAAAAGCAAAAGGGGGAGUGCGUAAUUGAGACUGAAGCAUUUUGGAAGUCAUCGCUGUAUGGUAUUACUUCUGCUAUUGCUGAGGAAAUUGGAACCGUGGUAUAGUUAAGGGUUUUUUUUUUAUAGGCUACUUCCAUACGUUAACAAAACUGUAUAAAUGUUCUGUUUGUGUUUUCAGAUCAAUUUCAUUUAUUAAAUGUAUAAUACAGUUGA